AUGAACCUCAACAGUCUUGCACCCAGGGCCUCGAGCUUACCCACAACCAUCCUCCGCCGACCGAUAACCCCCAGAUCCCAACCCCAGGUAUUGCGCCGAGCACGCCCACAACGCCGGCACAAGUCCAAUCCUGCGGAAAGGAAAGCCUCCGAGUGUAAAUCCACACCUCCACAUUCACAACAAUUUUCGCACCAGUCAACCUCCUCAGGUCCAUCGAGGCCACCAGACACCAUCCCCGCCGUUGCUACUGCCGCCGGAGCACCAGCCACACUGCUACGCAGUCGUGGAUUCCGCGAUGUGAUCAAAGCCAGUCCGAUCGGGACAUUUGGACGAUGGUAUGCGCGCGUGCAGGAGCGCAAGCCAUACACGACGCAGUUCUGGAGCGCGAUUGUCAUCUAUCUAUGCGGCGAUCUGAGCGCGCAGAUGUUCUUCCCCUCCGAAGUUCCUGCGCCUGCGAAGGAAGAUGGUAAUGAUGCGCAAGGAGGGGGUGAGACUGUCAGUGCUGGAUAUGAUCCGUUGCGAACUCUUCGGCACUUAUGUGUCGGAGCUGGAUCGAGCAUUCCUUCUUACAACUGGUUCAUGUUCCUCGGCAAUCACUUCAACUACCCAAGCAAGUUCCUCUCUAUCUUGACUAAAGUCGUGGUACAGCAGACUUGCUUCACUCCUGUGUUCAAUACGUACUUUUUCAGUAUGCAGUCGCUUCUGGCGGGUGCGACGCUCGAGGAAACCUGGGAGCGUCUCAAGAAGGCUCUCCCUGUCAGUGUCACGAACAGUGUCAAGCUCUGGCCGGUUGUUACUGCGUUUAGCUUUAUGUACGUGCCAGCGCAGUUCCGGAAUGUCUUCUCUGGCUGCGUGGCGGUUGGCUGGCAGACUUAUCUGAGCUGGUUGAAUCAGAAAGCGGCGAAGGAGGUUGCUGCUGCUGAGGCGCUUGCUGCCGCGGAGGGAAUGGGUUCUGUCGCAGGCAUGUCCUGCCCAGAGAGAAUUGAGGAUCUCGACUCCAGCGACUAUGGAUCCGACUUCACGCCAGACGAAGAGGACCUGCUGAACAACCUACUCAGCAAAGCCGUAGCGGAACACGCGACCGACGCCGCCACCUCGACACCGACCUGGACCUCGACUCCAACGCCCAUUGAACGUAUAACCGCGCCAAAAUCCCCCGAACUCGCCGAACUCGAGUCUCUACAACCAACAGUCCUAGCGGCCCUCGUCGCGGAUAUCGAGGAUGGCAUUGAGCCACCGGUCGUUCGGCUGCCUAAGGUGCUUGGCCGGGAAGGGCCUCUCUCGCCAUGGCGGCAGUCGCAGCCUCGACCAGGCCCGGCGGUCAGAUGGAAUCCGAGUGCUAUGGGGAGAUCGAGUCCGCAUGCUGGCAACAGCAACAGCAACAGGUCCAGCCCGUCUGUCGAGCACUCUAAUUCAACGGAGGGUCGAGAAAAAGAGCGCGAGCGCAACGCAGCCCGUGAGCUCGAAUGGACGCGACAAUCCAAUGCAGUCGAUACUCGAUCCCCUGUCGAACGGUUUCGACGAGCACCUAAUAAAGCGUUUUCAGUGACGGACUUGGUUUCGCCUGCGUGGUGCGAGCUGCAGUACUGGUAUACGUUGACCAAACAUGGGCGCAAGAGGAGGACUCCUGCUAUGAAGAAGGGGAGCUCCAUGCACAAGACGCUCGAGGAUGAGAUCUACACUACUGUCCCCGUGGAAAUCACGACCAAAGAGGAUGCGUGGGGUCUCAGGAUUUGGAAUGUCAUCCAAGGAUUGCGGAUGCUGCGCGAGUACGGUAUCACGCGCGAGCUGGAGGUUUGGGGCGUUGUCGACGGGGAGAUUGUCAAUGGUGUUAUUGAUCAGUUAUCCUAUGAAUGUCCGGACUCGGAGCUUGAGGCUACUGCUGCUGGAUAUUAUGCGGACGCUGUAGCAUCACGCGCUGCACUGCCGGAGUAUCAGAUGUCCUUGUCGGAUUAUUUGCUGUCCUCUUCGCAGGGCGGGAUGAAGCUUUCGGAUCUGGGACAAAAUCAAUUUGAGGAAAUGAGCGCUGUUGAGCCGGAAUUGCCUGCGGCUGUUCAUAAUCUACCCCGGAUUUAUUUGACAGAUGUGAAAACGAAGGCUAGUCGUUCGUUACCCACUGUGAAAAGCUCGGGGUUCCGACCGACUCUUCUGCAGCUACAACUCUACUACCAUAUGCUCAACCGACUGAUCACGAGUGACGAUGUCACCAUUAAUAUCCUCGCUGCACGAUAUGGCUUUGACGUUGAAUGUCCGUUCACAAAAGCAUUUGUCUCGGAGGUUGGCGGACUGAAUGAUCAGUUCUUCGAUGCUGUCUCCUCACAAGAGUCUGAACAGAAAGCGAGUCCUCCUUCUGCCAGUCAAGACUCAACCAGCAUGCUCAUGACACACAACAACCUAUCCCGUCUUUGGAGUCUCAUGAUAGACCAAAUGCGCCUCACGUUCCUCCCCGAAACUUCUCUUGAAACACAACCCAUCGCACCGUCAAUCCCAUCUGUCUCCCAGCCAGAGCUUUUGGAAGAAUACCCAACUCUCCUCUCUCCUGUGCUCACAGCCAGAUAUCUCUCAUCUACCGCCAACGAGGAUCUAGAGAGACAGCUUUUGGGAAGCCGAUCAUUCCUCUUCGACCCGACGACCCUGACUUCCUACCUCACCGACCAGAUGACUUGGUGGAAUGGCCAGCGAGAUCCCCGCGGUGUAGAUAUCAUGGACGCAUGGAAAUGUCGAAUUUGCGAGUUCCGCGAUGAAUGCUCCUGGCGCCAGGAGCGUGAGUUGGCUUAUGCGAGACGUGGACGGGGCCAGAGAGCUGGGUCGGCGGACAUAUAA